AAGAGCAGAGUAGUGGGCUCAGUAACAUUAAGACAAGUCAAAUCAGGCUGCUAUAAUGUGUCCAGUCUUGUCUAAGAAAGGAUCUAUGUUAGGGAAAGAGUUGAUGGGAGGAAACCUCGCUUUUGUGUUGGAAUGUGGCCGGAAUCUUUUGGCCCAUACCUCUCUGUGCCGGAUUUGCCGGUUGUGGGCACUGGCACUACCUUGAAUUUCAGAUUCCAAGUGAUGGAGAGGACCUUAUUGCCUAUGGUCGCAGUUGGAUUGUCAAGAGGAACUGAAUGUUCUGCUGUCCAUGAAGGAAUUCAGAAAGGACAAAACAGGUUUUUUCUACAUCAGGUGGUCCUCAAUUUGACAGUUUGUACGGAGGGGCAUUCGAGGUACGUUGUACAGCCUUUUCCUUUCAGAAUAAGCAAUCUUUGGACUAAUGUCUUACCUGUCAGAAGAGAGCAAAUGCUAACUGUUCUCUUCUGGAAGACUUGAAGAGAUGAAUCUUCACUGACUGCAUCACUUCUGUCCUUUCACUAGUUGAUUGGGUCAUGACUUUGAUCUUGGAUGGACUUGAUCCAAGCUUGCCUCUAGCUUGUAAACACGAUCUGUUCUAAGGUUCAGGGUAGAACCAUCUUCUGGGCAUUUUUGGGCCUACCAUUCCACUUUCCACCAUGUCUGACUGGGGGUUCCUUAGUGGACUCUUUGGUUCACUGCAGGCGCACUCGCCCAUGCUGGGCCGUUUCUGGCUGCUCCUCAUGCUGGUCUUCAGGAUGAUGAUCCUGGGCAUGGUGGCCAGUGACAUGUUUGAUGAUGAGCAAGAGGAAUUUUUCUGCAACACUUUGCAGCCAGGCUGCAAGCAGGUGUGUUAUGAUCAAGCAUUCCCCAUCUCCCAGUAUCGCUUCUGGGUCUUCCACAUCGUGCUCAUCUCUACGCCUGCUUUGGUGUUCCUCAUGUACGCCAUGCACCACCACAAGAAGUGGCAGGACCUUCCACAGGGUUAUGCCUCCAGCGUAUUGGAGGCAAAGCAGAAAUGGCACCUCAAACGUCUCUACAUGGUCAAUGUAGGCUUCCGUCUGCUGUCCGAGAUGGGCUUCCUCGUCGGCCAGUGGUUGCUGUAUGGCUUUCGUGUUGAGGCACGGUUUCCCUGCAGUCGCUUCCCUUGUCCACACGUUGUAGACUGCUUCACAUCCAGACCUAUGGAGAAGACCAUAUUCCUGGUCUUCUACUUCGCUGUGGGAGUUCUUGCAGCUUUGUCCAGCCUGGUGGAGCUCGUACACAUCACCCGGAAGUGGUUAACGGCAAGCAGGGAUGAGCUGGUACAAUGGGAGGAUGUGGAACUCAAGGGAGGGACUGAUUUGACACAAAAUGCACUGAACCUGGCGGCAGUGAAUGGUACAAGGUCGGGCAGAGCCAGGCGGCCACUGUUCUUUCGAGAGAAGACUGGUAGAAACUACAGGAGGUCAAAAGGAACUAUACAAAACAAAGGCAGCACAAGGUACUCCAGUAUCAAGAGCCUCAACAGCAGCAAAAAUCAGAAAAGUACCUCACUGGUGGUCUAAGGACCAGGACUUAUUUGUGCAAAACCAGAGAGGCGUGUUCUGUUCUUUGAGUGGUAUAGAGUGAUAAUUUUUUUCUUGAGAGGAUUGUCUUAGCAUUUUAAAAUAAUGACUGAAUGAAUGUUAAAAUA